AUGGCUGGAAUAGCAAUUUUAGUGGAUCUACUGAGAAAAAAUCCGUGCUUGAAUGGACAAACCCUUCACUCCUCUGGCCUAUUAUCAGCUACACUCGCUGCUUCCACUGCCGCUGCUUCUGUCGCUGCCGCCACCCCUUUUGCUUCCAGGACGGUGUUCGGUAACUUUGUGACACCAGUGGCUCACUGUGAUGCUGGGGCAGAACUAAAUGAAGAUUACAUCUCUAGCGUACGACAUGUGUCUGGAAAUAUCUUUCAGUAUGAUGCCCUGAAAUACAGUACGAAAGAGUACAAAAUCGAGCUAAAACCUUUCUUCUCAGCUUUUCAUUGGAAGUCCCUUACAUUGACAUCAUUGAGGUCUUUCCUGUUGUUUUAUUUGCCUCUGUUGGAGCCUCAUUCAAACUUGGAAGAGGAUGAUGAUGACUUCUUACAAGAUACUCCGGAAGAGCACCCUGUGGAUUUGGUUGUUCCUUUCAAAAAAUCAGUGAAGCAAAUUGUCAGGGAGACAACUGUUGUAACUACUAGAAGGGUUCUGGAGAGACUUGCCGUGCAUUAUAUUUCACACCGUAUGGCCUGGAAACUUCUCAAGGAUGUCCCCAAAUCAGCCACGCGAAAGGCGGAAAGGGGAAUGCCAAGUGUAGUUUAUUUCUUCAGUGUGACAAAAACAACUUUCAGAGGACAUUUUCUGGGAGUUUUGGCAUCUUGGCUCGUCCAAGUUGGCAUUGAUGUUUAUCGGUUCUUUUCUUGUUUGCUUCACUCUAAAGAAGAGAAUGAAGAGGUUGAUAAAGCGGAACAAAUUCAGCUUCUUGUGAAGAAAAUAUAUGGUACAACUGUCAGGUGCAGUGCGUCACUUGUUUUUGCUUCUAUUGGGGCAGGGAUAGGUGCAACACUUUUUCGUCCUUCAUCUGGUCAGUGGAUUGGAUGUGUGAUUGGCGAUUUGGCAGGUCCUGCUAUUGUUUCAUUUUGUUUUGAGAAAGUACUUCAUAUGGACCAUUAGACGAUCCAGGUUGAAUUGUGACUACUCUUGGCAACUGAUUCAGAAAAGUAUCGCAUAUCUGAAGAAUUUUGAAUAAUUUAUGCCAUACAUAAGCUCCAAUUUACCGAAGCAGUUGGAACCCACCUCACUUAUCAUCCUUGAAAUUUUACCUUACUUUGAUUACCAUUUGAUCUACAAAUAAUAAGUAACUGAUUGUGCGUGCAAGAUCCUGCACAAUAUAAAAAACGAGAAC